AUGGAAAAGCUGAAGAAGGUAUUUUCGCCAGGGAGUAAGAAGGAUGAUGAGGUCCUGUAUGGAAAUCCGGAGACGAGGCGCCAAGAGAGUCUUGCCAACACCUCAGAGCAGGAGCCUCCGAAGUUGUAUCCCACAGAAGGUGCAGCAGGUCAAAAAGAGUCGGGCGGUGUGUUGAGCCAAAUCACGGGGGGAAGCAAAUACGACGAACAACGCUACGGCACAACUGCAACUUCCAAUCCAGACCCAAAUAAGCUGUACACCAACCCUGAUGCUCCCAGAGAUCACACAGUGGUUAAUCAGAUCUUGAAUCCAGGGGGCCACAAGUAUGAUGAGCAGAGAUUUGGCGAGACUGCAGUCACAGCAGGCGCGGGACAGCACCAGGGAACUGGAGGUGUAGGCGAGAAGCUGUACCCURAGCACGGCGUACAAGAAAACCAGCAGACUCAUCACCCCGAUCUUGGAAACGGAGUUGUAAAUCCCAACAUCAAGUUGGAGACGGACCCAAGUCAGAAAGACCACACUGUGCUCCGUCAGCUCCUCAAUCCCUCGGGUAACAAGCGGGAUGAUGUUGCGUUCGGUACAACAGCUCAUGCCGCGGGCGACAAAGUGGGCACAGCCGAUACAGGCCGCUCCGAUCACUUGGGUAGUGGUAUUGCAGCCGCUGGAGCACCCUCAUCGAUGGCUGCCAGUAGCGUCGCCCCUGGAACUGGUGCAACCUCUGGAUAUAGCGAACCCGUCCUCGCUGGUACUGGGAAUGACAUCAAUCCGAAAUACAACGAGCCCCAGAAUCAUGUCCUCGACCGCUCACACCCUCUACGAGAUGGUACAGGGACGACGACUGGACACAUCAACCCAGUCGGAGCCCCUGAGGCUAGCAUGACCCAGCAUGCAGCACAUACAGAAAGCAUAGGCCUAGCCAAUGUGAGCGACGGCUCCACAACUGCCGAUAACCACAUCAACCCAAUCGGUGCUCCACACACAGCGAACUCCACAGUCCCUAUGGCAACAGGCGUUGCUGCCACUGGUGGUGGUCUGGCAGCUUCCAAUCAGGCUCACGGGAGUUCAACGCUGGGCGCUACGUCAGGAGGUGCGACAUACACAGAUCACUCUGGCAAUGUUCAUACGUCUCUCCGCCACCCGGUCGGCACGAAGCUGGACUGCGAUGGCAACCCAGUGUCUGGCUACGUUCACCACGUAGCUGGGCCACACUCGCUGGACAUUGCGAACAUUCUCGACCCCAACGUUGCCGCUACCCCUGCUUCGCCAAUCAAUUUAGGUGGCUCCACUGUUGCCUCAUCAUCGCACGAAUCUGCUAGUGUCGCUAAUGGUGCUGGCAUCACUACUGGUGCUAAUGUCGCUACCGCUACUGGUACGGCUACUGGCGCUGGUAUCACGACUGGCAGUCAUAACAAUGACGUGCAUGAGGAGAAGAAGAAGACGGGCUUGCUCCAGAAGAUUUUGCACCCCAAGAGCCACAAGGAGGAAAAGGACACCAGUAGCCAUGGACACGGCCAUCCUUCAACAACGAUUGAUGACAAUGGCCGCAACGUGUUGCACAAAGAUCCACCUCAGCUUUAG